UUGUGAAAAGUACUAGCUACAAAAUUGGCUAAAUGCCUGUUGCUGUAUACAUAGCGCGCGCGUGUGUGUAUGUUGCUAACCUAGCUAGUUAGUUAGCCAUUAAUAAAGUUCCUAACGUUACAUCAUGGCAGACGGCUGGAGCACCGACAUCGGAGAGGUUGCCUACCGUUCCCGGGAUGUUGUCAAAAACCUUACAAUUAAGAUCCGUAUUCAGAGAGUCACCUUCGCAGCAGCCCUCUCUCAACACCUUCAGCAGCAGGUUUUUGACUCAACAGGAGAGGGGAGGCAUUGAGCUGGACACCCUCAACUCACAGGCUCAAUCAGCUGGAGAUGGUGAGGAGGAGUUAGUGGUAGGCAGGCAGGAGAAGCUGUUCAGUCAGGAUUCCCAGAGUAUGGUGACGCAGGUCAAGUCCAACCCUACCUUCCUGGCACAUAGGAUGGCCAAUGUCAGACACAGACGACAUGACAGACACCCAGUUGACAGCACCGUCCCCAAGUCCAGGCUGAUUACCUGGGAGCCCUCGAAGGACUUUAUGAAGAUCAGCUACGUGGUCAACACACCUGUACAGACCAUGCACAUCAUGGGGGACCUGGGACCACCAGGCAAACUUGGCCAAAACGAGAAGGAAUGCUUGUUGUGCACGAUAAGAGCAGAUGGAAAUGGAGUGAUUACCAUCAAACCAGACUUCAACAAAGUUGUUUCAUCAGCAAAGGUCAUCUCAAGUCUGAUUUUAUUUGUCACAUGCCGAAUACAACAGGUGUAGUAGACCUUACAGUGAAAUGCUUAUUUACAAGCCCUUAACCAACAAUGCAGUUUAAGAAAAAUAAGUGUUAAGUAAAAAAGAAUUAUUUUGGACCUAGACUUGGUGCUCCGGUACCGCUUGCCGUGCGGUAGCAGAGAGAACAUUCUAUGACUAGGGUGGCUUGAGUCUUUGACAAUUUUUAGGGCCUUAUUCUGACACCACCUGGUAUAGUGGUCCUGGAUGGCAGGAAGCUUGGCCCCGGUGAUGUACUAGGACAUACUCACUACCCUCUGUAGUGCCUUGCAGUCAAAGUCUGAGCAGUUGCCAUACCAGGCAGUGAUUCAACCAGUCAGGAUGCUCUCGAUGGUGAAGCUGUAGAAUUUUUUGAGGAUCGAGGACCCUAGAGGUGCCCCCGUGUUGAGGAUCAGCGUGGCGGAUGUGUUGUUACCUACCCUUACCACCUGGGGGCGGCCCGUCAGGAGGUCCAGGAUCCAGUUGCAGAGGGAGGUGUUUAGUCCCAGGGUCCUUAGCUUAGUGAUGAGCUUUGAGGGCACUAUGGUGUUAAACGCUGAGAUGUAGUCAAUGAAUAGCAGUCUCACAUAGGUGCUUAUUUUGUCCAUGUGUGGAGUGCAAUAGAGAUUGCAUCAUCUGUGGAUCUGUUGGGGCGGUAUGCAAAUUGAAGUGGGUCUAGGUUUUCUGGGAUAAUGGUGUUGUGAGCCAUGGCCAGCCUUUCAACGCACUUCAUGGCUACAGAUGUGAGUGCUACGGGUCGGUAGUCAUUUAGGCAGGUUACCUUAGUGUUCUUGGGCACAGGUACUACUAUUACAGACUCCGACAGGGAGAGGUUGAAAAUGUCAGUGAAGACGACUGCCAGUUGGUCAGAGCAUGCUCGGAGUACACGGCCUGGUAAUCUAUCUGGCCCUGCGGCCUUAUGAAUGUUGACCUGUUUAAAGGUCUUACAUAGGCUGCGGAGAGCAUGAUCACACAGUCAUCCGGAACAGCUGAUGCUCUCAUGCAUGUUUCAGUGUUACUUGCCUUGAAGCGAGCAUAGAAGUUAUUUAGCUCGUCUGGUAGGCUCGUGUCACUGGGCAGCUCUCGGUUGUGCUUCCCUUUGUAGUCUGUAAUAGUUUGCAAGCCCUGCCACAUCCGACGAGCGACGGAGCCGGUGUAGUAUGAUUCGAUCUUAGUCCUGUAUUGACACUUUGCCUGUUUGAUGGUUCAUCGGAGGGCAUAGCGGGAUUUCUUAAAAGCUUCCGUGUUAGAGUCCCGCUCCUUGAAAGCGGAAGCUCUACCCUUUAGCUCUGUGCGGAUGUUGCCUGUAAUCCAUGGCUUCUGGUUGGGGUAUAUACGUAUAGUCACUGUGGGGACGACGUCAUUGAUCCACGUAUUGAUGAAGCCAGUGAUUGAUGUGGUGUACUCCUCAAUGCCAUCGGAAGAAUCCCAGGAACAUAUUCCAGUCUGUGCAAGGAAAACAGUUCUGUAGUUUAGCAUCUGCUUCAUCUGACCACUU